CGAGAAGAUUUCCACACCCUCCGUUUGGACAGAGAGGAGGGAAUACACUGGGAGAGGGAGGCAGAGCUUCACCGGGAUACUGGGUUAAGACGGGGCCGAGAGGCUGAUAUGCAAAGAGGGGCGGAGAUAUGGGACCGGGAGGCGGGGCUAAGAAGGGGCAGAGAAGUGUCUCUGCACUGGGAAAGAGACCGAGAAGCAGAACUUCAGUGGGAGAGAGAACGAGAGGCAGAAUACUGGCACAGAAGGGCUACCGUAUCCCCCUACGGGCCUCACGGUCAUGAAUUACCAGCAUUUAACUUCGAUCCACUUCCCGCAGGCCAUCCUGCAUACCCUGAACCCUCCCGGUCCCACUCUCAUGCCCAUCUGGAUCUCAAAUACAGCAGCAGUUCCAGUGGAUACCAGACACCACACCAGACGUGCCCCUGCUCCCCCUACCAGCCGUCACCCUCAGAGAGUCGUGGCUAUGCCUCGGGUUACCAG